AGGAUGAGGAUGGAUUUUAUCUGCUGAAGUGUCGCUAUGAUGAAGACAGACGCCGGAAUGAUGAACUCUUCAUCGGAACAUCCAUGUUGAUGAGCGCGCGUGUGUUUUAUUCAUGUUUGAUGUGUGACUCAGUCAAGGUGAUGAAGUUGACCUGGAUGCUGCGGCGACUCAAAGUGACACUGAAACCUACCGGACAAACUUAAAGAAGACGCAAAAAAAAUAUAUCAUCUUAUUCCUUCAGCGGAUGGCGUUAUUUUUAUGCCAAGGCAAACAAUCAUUUUGUAUAAAUUAAUUAGUAGAGGUUUAGCGCACAAUAUACAAGAUCUAUGCAUGACAAUGUCACUGUGAGCUGACAGAAGUAACCUUUCUAAUUUAAAUUCAUUUAAUAUAAACUCAACUUUAUUCCGCAAUAUGAAAUGGCUAGCGUGAUGUCAGAACAUGAAUGUGUGACGACACGAACACGCGCGUGUUAUAAAUGACGACAAGUUGACAAACAGCAUUUUAAUUUCUUUGCUUUUCUUUUAUUGUUAAACUUGGUGUACGCUAAGUUGCAGUGUUCAGUGAGGGACAGUAUCUAGUGUGUGUUAUUUUGAGGGACAGUGUCUAGUGUGUGUUAUUUUUAGGGUGAGUGUGUGUUAUUUUGAGGGUUAAUGUUCUGCUGCUCGCUGGUGUUGCUGGUGAUGGGCUGCAUCCAGAGUAUCAGGUGUAAACCCAAGAGUUUUCGGGACAGUAUCACGGUUCUGGAGGUGAACUCCUCCAUCGACUCGAACCCCACCAGUAUCGAUGAGUCCUCGAGCGUGGUGCUGCGCUACCGGACGCCGCAUUUCCGCGCGUCGGCUCGGGUCUUGGUGCCGCCGGUGGCCGGUAAAGAGAGCUGGACUGUCGGCUGGAUUCAGGCGUGCAAUCACAUGGAGUUUUACAACAAAUACGGAACCAAAGGAAUGUCCAGCUGGGAACUCCCGGGUCUGCGAGACGGAACGAUUCGAGCCAUCAGCGACUCGGACGGCGUCAACUACCCGUGGUACGGCAACACGACGGAGACCUGCACGGUGGUGGGCCCUACCAAGAAGGACACCAAGUUCACCGUCAGCAUGAACGAUAACUUCUACCCCAGCGUGACGUGGGGCGUCCCCGUGAGCGACGGUAACGUGCCCAUGCUGAGCAGCAUCUGGAGGGACCAGAGCUUCACCACGUGGCUGGUGGCCAUGAAUCGGGCGUCCGGCGAGAUCCUGGUGCUGCAGACGGUGCGCUGGCGCAUGCGUUUGCACAUCGAGGUCGAUCCGGACAAACCGCUGGGCCGGAGGGCUAAGCUGCGUGAGCCCGUAGCCCAGGAGCAGCCGCAGAUCCUGGGCAAGAACGAACCCAUCCCGCCCGACGCUUUGGUCAAACCCAACGCCAACGACGCUCAGGUCCUGAUGUGGCGUCCCAGGACGGGUGAGGCCGUGGUGGUCAUCCCUCCCAAACACUGAUCCACUUUAUGACAGAUCAAAACAAACCGCUCUACCUGCAAAUCACUGUGCUAAAUCGCAUCUCUGCACAAAGAGAGAUGUCGAUGCUUUUUUUCUUCUUUAGCUUUUAAGAAAAUUGCUUCUGAGCCACUUAGUGUUACUGGAAUAUACGUGCGCGCUUUUCAAAGCGCGUCAUAUUUAUAUUAAAUAGGAAAAUGUCACUUUCUGGACCUGUGAGACGUUUGAUCCCCACUGCCUUAAGUUUACAUUGCUUUCCACCGCAAACGUUUAGCCUUAAAGUGCGAUGAAGUAAACCUCACACAUCCGACCAAUCGAGAGCUGAGAUUUGUGUUCCAAUCGUUUCUGAUUCUCCUCAGCGUCUGACUGAUGGUUUGUGACUGAAUUGUUAUUAUGCAUACAGUAUUUUAAGCAAAAGCUUCAUGUGUUUUAGUUGCGAAAAGAUAUUUGUUUGUCAAGCAGCCAUUGAUGGCCGUGUGAUGUAUUUUACAAGAUUCAAACACUGAAAGAAUAUAUUUUCUGUGUUUGAUUUGUUUAAUGUUUGUUGAAAUGAAUGCAAUUAUGAAUGAAUGAUGUCAUUAUCUGUUUGACCUUUUCACACACCGAGUAAAACAUCAGAAACACAACACUGAGUUUCCUCAAAUAUUUCAGUGAUUUGUAGAUUGAUGUGGAUGAAUCUUAUAUUUCACACUGGACCUUUAGCAUUGUGACAUUUAUAUCAUAUAACAACAUUCAACACAAGGGCACAAUCCUAAAUAAUAUUAAACUUACUAACGCAGAAGUUGCAUUUUGUUGGUUUGUAUGCAGAUAUGAGCAGUAAGACUGAACCCAGCAAGCAAUUUUGCCUAAAACAAGUCUAAUAAACAUUUAACCAUAACCAAGAAUAGAUGAUGCAUAUUAGCACAUGUAAAAGAAAAUGAAAGCAAACACCUUGAACAUCUGUUGACUUUGCAUACAUGAUGAAAUCUCAAAUUUAUUUAGGUAGAAACAGCAUGUAACCAAAUUGAAGGUUAUUUAUUGUAGAAGUGGGUCACUCAUGACUGGAUUAUAUUGGGUCUAUAGUUAGCCUCUCGGUUAUUGCUUGCUGGGAAGUGUUGAAUGUUGUGAUGUGUAACACAAUCUGCAGUCUGUUUGUCAUUAAACUUCAGAUUCACAUACAGCGUGCCAAAUAUAUUGUAAAGACAACAUGCACUGAGUCGAGCGAGAACAUACAGCAGCACUGUUUAAUGAGCUUUAUUUAUUACUUUAGUUCAUAUGCAAUUCUGAUGUCAAGUGUGCAGGAAUAUUUGUGUGAGAGACCACAGAUAUAAUAACAGCUGACGUUUGUAGUAUUCCUGUAUUUGAUCUUCAGUCCAUCAUCAAAACAUCAAUUCACUUGAAAAUGUAAGAAAUGAUAAAGCACCUGAACUCCUGCUUGAUAAAGUGCCAGUUUGACCAUUUGGCCUAAAAGUAUUUUACAGCCGUUUUCAUGCUGCAGGCAACAUGAAAUAUAUGACCUUUUCUAUAUCAAAAGUUUUGAUAAAACUAUAUAAAGAUAUAUAUAUAAUUAUAAAUUCAGCUCAUAACAUGAAACUUACAGUCAGUGUUUAUGUGUGAAACUCUUUACAUUCAGAAAAGGGGCUAUUAUAAAUGAUUAUGAUGUUUAUUUUGCUUUCUUUAGUAGCUUCAUCCUUGACAAUAAUACUUGAAUUAGUGUAUAACACUUUAAACUGUGAAAUGAUUUUUUCAUGAAGAAAUAAAACUGUGAAAUUC